UUGGCAACUCUUUGUAACCAACUCAUCCCUAACCUACAAACACGUGUUUACAAAUUUGGCCAAAAAAAUGGCAAAACGUAAAGAAAACAGUGAAAGUGAAGUUGUCGCCCCUAAAAAACCAAAAACCACAAAAUCAGAAGUGGUCUCAAAGCCCAAGUUCGAAAAAAAAUCAAAAUAUCCCAAACAGACUAAAGCCGAGCCGAAAAAAUUUGUUAAGGGGGCAGGGAAAGUAAGUAACGAGGCACAAAAACCCGAAGACUGGAACGAAUUCAAAAAGAAGAAAAAAGAGUUGCGGUUAAAAAGGCGUCAAAACAAACCUGGAUUUGAUAUAAUAGUGGAGGCCAAAAAAAUGGGCGAAAAACUGCGUUGCAAAACGUUAAAAGGGGGCGAGGAGGAACGUGUUAUUUUAAUAAAUAAACUACACUCGUUACUUAAGGGAAAAGGACAUUACGCGAAAUUUGUUCUGGCCCACGACACUUCAAGAAUAGUCCAGUGGUUACUAAAAUACAGUUCAGACAUCGUAAAACAACAAAUAUCACAGGAAUUAAUUCCUGUCACUGUGGACAUGCUCCAAUCAAAAUACGGCAUUUUUUGCGCCAAACGCCUCCUCAAAUACGGCAAUCAGGCCACAAGGGCUUCCAUGAUCAACCAAAUGUAUGGACACGCUGUUAAAUUAUCAAGUCAUGCCUUAAGCGCCCCCGUUUUCGAAUAUGCCUACUCCACUUGGGCCUCCAACCAACAAAAACAGCACUUGACCCAGGAAUUUUUCGGCGACAUGUACAAAAAAAGCAAAGACAACGAAAUCAAGCACUUGCGCGACGUUUUCGCCCAAAGCCCUGAUUUAAAAACGGCCGUCUUGGGCGCCACCAAAGCCAACUUGGGGCGAAUUUUAGACAAAAAUUUGCUGGAUUCAGGUCUAGUUCAAACAGUCCUCAACCAGUUUCUUUGCGAGUGUGGUGACGAAGACAGGACUGAACUCAUUUCGCAAUUAAUUCCCCACAUUGUGGUUAUUAGUAAUAGUAAAGACGGGUCAAGGGCGGCUAUGCAGUGCAUCUGGCAUGGGACCAACAAGGACAGAAAGUUGGCCAUGAAAACAAUCAAGGAGCACGUGAUUGAACUGUCCAAACAUGAACACGGGCAUUGUGUCAUUAUUACAUUGUUGGAUACGGCGGAUGAUACUGUUUUGUUACACAAAAUCAUCAUUGGGGAGAUUUUAAAGGGGGCCCGCGAUUUGGCUGUGAAUGAAUGGGGGCGCAAGGUGCUCCUAUGGCUCGUGGCACCUGGAGACCCCACUUGUUUUCACCCCGUGUUUGUUAAGGAGUUGCAAGAGGGGCGCCAAAAAUCCAACUCGAAAAAAGACCCCCAAAUCAGACGAAAAGAAAUACUAGAAUAUUCUAUUGAAACACUGCUUGGUUUAAUAGGGGAAGAACCGGAAUUCUGGCUAGGGAAUUCGUCACUAGCGUAUGAAAUGUUAGCAAUAGUGAAAAGCGGUAGGGGAGAAGGGCUCAAAAAAGCCCUUGAAAGUCUUGUACAAAUCAUAGUUAAUCCUGAUUGGACGAUUAAAGCAAAUGAUAAGGAGAUUUCGGGAGUGGAAGACGCUGGUAUUCAUAUGGUUUUGAAAAAAUUAGCCAAAAAUGACCAAAAUAUCGAAAACUGUGAUUGCACGUUUGGGUCGUUACUUAUUAAUUCAAUGUCAGAUGAAACGUUGGAGAAAUGGUUGGGUUUGAAUCGUGGCUGUUUCCUAUUGGUUGCGGUGUUUGAGAAUAAUUCGGCGCUCCAAGACACGCUGAAAACGAAGUUAAUGGGCCAUAAGAAGUUGUUAAAGUCGCAAAGUUUGGCCGGGAGUAAGGUUUUGUUAAAGAAACUCACUGAAUAAAUGAAUAAGAAAAACA